UGCUAGCUAAGUUAUCACCAUUAUCCUUGGCAAAAAUCAACGAAACUCCUAGAACAGGAAAAGAAGCGGAUACAUCAUGGUUACCAGUAUCGAAACCUCGAUUGAAUGGGGCAGAUGUAACCCAAGCGAUGUAUUAA